AUUAUUUUCAUUCCAGUAAAUAUUUUUAAAUUUAAUAGACGUUAGGUAUAAUAGUUAACUUUUGAAUUUAUAUUCCGGUGUUGACGAUAUUUACAUUAUCAGUUUGAGUGGCAUGUAGCGUUAUAGUACUUAUAGAUUAUCUCGAGUAUUGAAUAUGCGUCGUGAGUGUAUGGUUUUGUUAAUAUUAAAUUUGGCAGAAUAUUUCGCCAACUCAAAGACUGUUCCAGUCAAAGAUGAUAAAACAACCUUAGAUUGGUGGCAAACUGCAGUUUACUACCAAAUCUAUCCAAGAUCAUUCAAGGAUAGCAAUGGCGACGGUAUUGGAGAUCUUAAAGGGAUUGAAGAGAAAGCGGAACAUUUCAAAGAUAUAGGAGUGGACUGUGUUUGGUUAUCUCCCAUUUUUAAAUCACCUAUGGCAGAUUUUGGUUACGAUAUUUCGGAUUACAAUGCGAUUGAUCCUGUGUAUGGCACAAUGGAUGAUUUUGUUUCGUUGCAGAAAAAAUUGAAGUCAUUGGGCAUUAAAAUUAUUAUGGAUUUCGUACCUAAUCAUUCAAGUGACGAACACGAAUGGUUUAAAAAGUCUGUAGAAAAAAUUGAUCCAUACACAGAUUAUUAUGUAUGGAGAGAUGGUAAAUGCGAUACAAAUAACUUGAGAAUACCACCAAAUAAUUGGCAAAGUUUAUUCAGUAAUUCAGCAUGGACAUGGAAUGAACAACGUGGACAGUAUUAUUUACAUCAAUUUGAUCCUAAACAACCAGAUUUAAACUACAGAAAUAAAGAAUUGGUCAAAGAAAUGAAAAACAACUUGAGAUUCUGGUUAGAUCUUGGUGUAGAUGGAUACAGAGUAGAUGCCGUACCGUAUUUGUUUGAGGAUCUACAAUUUUUAGACGAGACCAGAAAACCAGAAGAGCUUGCUAAAAAAGAGAAAAACACUUAUUUUCAAUAUUAUCACCCCUAUACAAUGGAUUUACCUGAAACGUAUGAUAUGAUUAGUCAGUUUAGAGACGUGUUAGAUGAAUAUAAGUCGAAAGAUGGAAAAACCAGAGUUAUGAUAACUGAAGCAUACACAACUCUUGAAAACACUAUGAGAUAUUAUGGUAAUGAAACCAAAGUAGGAGCACAUAUGUCGUUUAAUUUUGAAUUGAUUGAGCGAUUAAACGAUUAUUCGAACGCUUCUAAAUUCAACGAUGCGGUGAAUAAUUGGUUGGACAACAUGCCUGAUGGGAAAUGUGCGAACUGGGUGAUCGGAAACCACGACCAGCCGCGUGCGGCCACGCGGUUCGGCAGUGAAAUGGUGGACGCCAUGAACAUGUUGAACAUGUUGUUGCCCGGGGUCGCGUUCACGUACAUGGGCGAGGAGAUCGGCAUGUCGGACACGGCCGUCCGCUGGGACCAGACGGUCGACCCGAGGGGCCUGAACGCGGGAUUCGAGGGUUUCUCGGGCUUGAGCAGGGACCCGGCCAGAACGCCGUACCAGUGGAACGCCACGGCCAACGCCGGUUUCACGGCGGCCUCGUCGACGCCGUGGUUGCCGGUGAACCCCAAUUACUGGAAGCUGAACCUGGAAGUGCAACGGAAGCAGCACUGCAGCCAUUACACCGUGUACAAACGGUUGGCCAAGCUCCGGAAGACCCGGACGGUGCAGCGCGGUUCGUUCGAAGGCAGACCGCUGUCCGAGUGGGUGUACGCGUUCACCAGGUCACUGCCGUCAGAAGAAACUUACCUGGUUGUGAUGAACGUGGGCUCCGAAGAAGAACGUGUCGACUUGAGUAGUUGGCCAACUGCGGUCAAAGACGAAACGUGGCUGGUACACACGCCAAGCGUCAAUUCACAAUUUUCAAUAGGGCAAUCCCUGAAGACAAAUGGAUUUACGAUGAGACCUAAAUCAGCCAUGGUUUUAUGUAAUAAAAAAAAUGCGUUGGUUUCAUCGUCUACUUCAUCAUCAACAUCGUCAUUAUCCCAAUCUUCGUUGAUGUUUCCGGUUGCAAUGUUAGCGGUCGCCUUUGGUCUCAGCUAUUUGUUAGCCAAGGAGUAGUUUCCAUUUAUCUAUGAACAUCUAUUAUUUUUAAAAAUGUUAAUGGAUUCAACAAAACGAUACUACGAAUAUAAAUUAUUCUAUCGACAAUCAAUUAAAAAAAAAAAUCAUAAAUUAGAAUUUAAAAUGUCUGUAUUGUUUUAGUUUUAAAAUCGAUAAUUUUUAUUUGUAAUAAUGUUUAAAAAUAUUAUUAUAUUACAUUAAAAUCGCAUUUAUGGACUGUCAUUUAUUAUGUUAAUUAAAAAAAUUAUAAAUUGCGUAUCACAUAAAAUCGGUGAACUGCGAUCAAUACUGUACGGCUCAAAUGUUAUAAUUAAUACUUACUAUUCAAAACAAUAUGUUUUUCAUGUUUGUAACGUAGCAACGUCUUUUGUCGGUUUACAUAUUAUAAUACAUAUAUAUAUUGUAAUGCUCGAAUACACCCUGGGUUUAGUAUCAUAUUUUGCAUGCAAGUAAAAGGUGUGUUAUGUGUAUGGAUAUAGUGACUACGCGAGAUACCCAUGUAAGCAAUAUUUGUUUAUUUUACGAUUUUUAAGUCUAAAUUUUGUAUUAAUCAUUUAUCUUUAAACUUAAUCAUGACGUAAGUACAAUGCACGAGGACAAUAAUUAAGUUUUGUUAAGUCAUUUUUUUUAUAAAUAUAUAUAUAUAUUAUGUAUUAUUUUAUAAUUUAUAUAUUUUGAUUUGGGUAAUUAA